GGUCACGUGGCCACUACAGGAAAAAUUCUCAACAUUAAGGAUGCCUACUCACACCCACUGUUCUACCGUGGCGUGGACGACAGUACGGGUUUCCGCACACGCAACAUACUCUGUUUUCCCAUCAAGGAUGAGAACGGAGAUGUUAUUGGUGUUGCUGAACUGGUGAAUAAGACCAAUGGUCCAUGGUUUAACCGGUUUGAUGAGGACCUGGCCACAGCCUUCUCCAUCUACUGUGGGAUCAGCAUCGCCCAUUUCCAUCCACUCACCAGAGACACCAGUGAUGUCUGCUUCUUCCUCUAAGUCCCUGCUGUAUAAGAAGGUACACGAGGCCCAGUUCCGCAGUCACCUAGCCAAUGAGAUGAUGAUGUACCACAUGAAGGUGUGUGAGGAGGAGGUGAGCCGCUUGCUAAUGAGAGGACUUCAGCCUGCACACAGCAUCCACUCGAGCUUCUCUCAGUUCACCUACACACCCCGCUCCCUGCCUGACGACACCACGCCCAUGGCAAUCCUGAGCAUGUUUGAGGAUAUGGGCUUUAUAAACACCUAUAAGAUUGACUUAAUAACUCUGGCCAGGUUCUGUCUGAUGGUGAAGAGGGGCUACAGGGAUCCGCCCUACCAUAACUGGAUGCACGCAUUCUCUGUCUCUCACUUCUGUUACUUGCUUUACAAGAACCUGAAGCUCAACAACUACCUCGAGGACAUUGAGAUCCUCGCACUCUUUGUGUCCUGCAUGUGCCAUGAUCUGGACCACCGAGGAACAAACAACUCCUUCCAAGUGGCCUCGAAAUCUGUUCUGGCUGCCCUUUACAGCUCAGAGGGAUCAGUGAUGGAGAGACAUCACUUUGCUCAGGCCAUCGCCAUCCUGAACACACAGGGCUGCAACAUCUUUGAGAAGUUCUCCCGAAAGGACUACCAGAGGAUGCUGGACCUGAUGAGGGAGAUUAUUCUGGCCACUGAUUUGGCUCAUCACCUGCGCAUCUUUAAAGACCUGCAGAAGAUGGCAGAAGCUGGAUACAAUCCAAAGAGCCAGACUCACCGCAGCCUACUGUUGUGCCUACUGAUGACCUCUUGUGACCUCUCGGAUCAGACCAAGGACUGGAAGACCACUAGGAAGAUUGCCGAGCUGAUCUACAAAGAGUUUUUCUCUCAGGGUGAUCUGGAGAAGGCGAUGGGGAACAGGCCCAGUGAGAUGAUGGACAGGGAGAAGGCGUACAUUCCCGAGUUACAGAUCAGCUUUAUGGAACACAUUGCAAUGCCCAUCUACAAGCUGCUGCAUGAGAUUUUCCCGCGUUCAUCAGAACUCUACGAGCGCGUUGCAGCGAAUCGCGAGCAGUGGACCAAAGUUUCACACAAGUUCAACAUCCGCGGUUUACCCAGCAACAACUCACUGGACUUCCUGGACGAGGAAUACGAGCUGAUGCAGGCACAGGGAGCGUUCGGUGAGGACGGUCACCGCAUGAACGGUUGCCUGGACGACGAGUGCAGCAAGACGGACCAGUGAAACGUUUGGAGUGUGAAACAGGUAGACAUUACGCCUUCGUGACGU